UGCUCGGCUGCCCCGUCCCGGGCUCCACUCCCGGAGGUGGACUCGCGUCCCGCGGUUCCUGGCCCCCUGUCCGCGACUGUCGCCACGGUGGCGGCCACAACAUCUCGCCCCACGUCGGCGGCGCUGGGCGCUGUAGUGUCGACGAGCCCCGAGCCCAUGACAGGCCAGGGCCAGUCUGCGGCCGGGUCGGCGGCGUGGAGCGCGGUGUUCCGCCACGUCCGGUACGAGAACCUGGUGGCUGGUGUGAGCGGCGGGGUCUUGUCCAACCUGGCGCUGCACCCGCUGGAUCUCGUGAAGAUCCGCUUCGCUGUGAGUGAUGGGCUGGAAGUAAGACCAAAAUAUAAUGGAAUCUUACACUGCUUGACUACCAUUUGGAAAGUUGAUGGACUACGAGGACUUUAUCAAGGAGUGACCCCGAAUGUGUGGGGUGCAGGUUUAUCCUGGGGACUCUACUUUUUCUUUUACAAUGCCAUCAAGUCAUAUAAGACAGAGGGAAGAGCUGAGCAGUUAGAGCCAGUAGAAUACCUCGUGUCUGCUGCUGAAGCUGGAGCCAUGACACUCUGCAUUACAAACCCAUUAUGGGUAACGAAAACCCGCCUUAUGUUGCAGUAUGGAGGUGUUGUUAACCCUUCACAGAGACAGUACAAAGGAAUGUUUGAUGCACUUGUGAAAAUAUAUAAACAUGAAGGUGUGCGUGGACUGUACAAGGGCUUUGUCCCUGGGCUGUUUGGAACAUCGCACGGUGCCCUUCAAUUUAUGGCGUAUGAGCUCCUAAAGCUGAAGUACAAUGAGCACGUCAGCAGAGUGCCAGGCGCCCAGCUGAGCACAGCAGAAUAUAUCGCUGUUGCAGCACUAUCCAAAAUAUUUGCCGUAGCAGCAACGUACCCAUAUCAGGUUGUGAGAGCCCGCCUUCAGGAUCAGCAUGUGGCUUAUGGCGGCGUCAUGGAUGUCAUCAUAAAGACGUGGAGGAAAGAAGGCAUCGGUGGAUUUUACAAAGGAAUUGCCCCCAAUUUGAUUAGAGUGACUCCAGCCUGCUGUAUCACCUUCGUGGUUUAUGAAAAUGUCUCACACUUUUUACAUGACCUUAGAAAAGAGAAAGUAAGCUAAAAGGAGAGUCCUGUAGAGCAGCUUGAAGCAGCAACAAACUCCUUUGUGUUCGAAGCACAGACUGAGAAGAGUA